AUGGAUCGUGAUUUUCAUCGUCGUGGUCAAGUGGCGAAUGAACGUUCACCGUACUUUGUUCGAUUGGAUAAACCGAGAGCUUCAGACGAUCUUGAUAUAGGCAAGAGAGGGAAGAUGCGUAGGUGGUUGUGCUGUUCUUGUCAUGUCCAAGAAUCUUACCCUUCAGCUGAACAUAAUCGUAUGAAAAGCCCUCCUACUCGCCACCACGACUAUGGACGUAACAACAAGAAAGCACCAGCUACUCCUGUGAAGGCUACCGUAUUAAAGGAGCCUCCUCCUAUUGAAGUGUCUGCAAUGUCAUUAGAGGAGCUCAGAGAAAAGACUGAGAAUUUCGGAUCAAAGGCCUUAAUUGGGGAAGGAUCCUACGGAAGAGUGUACUAUGCAAACUUGAUUGAUGGCAAGGCCAUGGCUGUGAAAAAGCUCGACAACUCAUCUGAACCAGAGACAAAUGUCGAGUUCUUGACUCAGGUCUCCAAGGUCUCAAGGCUCAAGAAUGACAAUUUUGUUGAGCUUCUUGGUUACUGUGUCGAUGGAAACAUUCGUGUCCUCGCCUAUGAGUUUGCCACAAUGGGAUCUUUGCACGACAUUUUACAGGGGAGAAAAGGAGUGCAAGGAGCACAACCUGGUCCAACACUUAAGUGGAUGCAACGAGUCCGAAUUGCGGUUGAUGCUGCUAAAGGAUUAGAAUACUUACACGAGAAAGUUCAACCUCCGGUUAUACACAGAGACAUUCGAUCUAGCAAUGUGCUUCUUUUCGAAGACUUCAAAGCCAAGAUCGCUGAUUUUAAUCUCUCCAAUCAAGCUCCUGAUAUGGCUGCUCGUCUUCAUUCCACCAGAGUGUUGGGGACAUUCGGUUAUCAUGCACCAGAAUACGCAAUGACAGGACAGCUGACACAGAAGAGUGAUGUUUACAGUUUUGGAGUUGUGCUUUUGGAGCUUCUAACCGGGAGAAAACCGGUUGAUCAUACAAUGCCUCGUGGUCAACAAAGUCUUGUCACUUGGGCUACUCCAAGGUUGAGUGAAGACAAAGUGAAGCAAUGUGUUGAUCCAAAACUCCAAGGAGAGUAUCCUCCUAAAGCUGUUGCAAAGCUUGCGGCGGUUGCAGCAUUGUGUGUGCAAUACGAAGCAGAGUUUAGGCCAAACAUGAGCAUCGUAGUAAAAGCUCUUCAACCGCUCUUGAGGUCUUCAGGAACAGCUGCUGCUCAUCCAAACCCUCAAGUUUGA